UACACAAAAGAAAAUACUUAACAGAGUUUGCUAUUUGAUUCUCUCUUUUUUUCCCUUGGAGAACAAGUUUUUUCCAGAUUUCGAAGAGAGAUAGAAAGGAAGAAGCAAUAAUGGAUGUAAUCAAAUCUCAGCAAAUAUCUUCGAGGCCGAUUGAGAAGGUGAUAGUUCAUCCGCUUGUGCUUUUGAGCAUCGUAGACCACUACAAUAGAGUUGCAAGAGACACAAGGAAACGUGUUGUUGGGGUUUUGCUUGGAACUUCAUUUAAAGGCACUGUUGAUGUUACUAAUAGCUAUGCAGUGCCCUUUGAGGAGGAGGACAGGGACCCUAGUAUCUGGUUUCUUGACCAUAACUAUCAUGAAUCAAUGUUUUCCAUGUUCCGUAGGAUAAACGCAAAGGAGCAUGUUGUUGGUUGGUAUAGCACUGGUCCCAAACUUAGGGAAAAUGACCUCAACAUUCAUGGGCUUUUUAAUGACUACGUCCCUACUCCAGUCUUGGUUAUAAUUGAUGUCCAGCCUAAGGAGCUAGGAAUACCAACUAAGGCAUACUAUGCAGUUGAGGAAGUUAAAGAGAAUGCAACUCAGAAAAGCCAGAAUGUGUUUGUGCAUGUACCUUCAGAAAUCGCUGCUCAUGAAGUUGAAGAAAUUGGUGUUGAGCACUUGCUAAGGGAUGUGAAAGAUACUACUAUCAGUACCCUUGCAACUGAGGUAACUGGGAAACUGGCAGCUUUGAAGGGAUUGGAUGCUCGACUUCAAGAGAUACGGAGUUAUUUAGAUCUUGUCAUUGAUGGGAAGCUCCCCUUGAACCAUGAGAUUCUAUACCAUUUGCAGGAUGUCUUCAAUCUAUUGCCCAAUCUAAAUGUUGCUGAAUUAGUUAAAUCAUUUUCAGUGAAAACAAAUGAUAUGAUGUUGGUCAUAUAUCUAUCUUCUCUUAUCCGAAGUGUAAUUGCUCUCCAUAACUUGAUCAACAACAAGAUGCUUAACAAGGAACACGAAAAGGCUGAGGAUUCGAAGCCCCGUGCAGUGCCAACUACAGCUGGAAGCUAAGCAAUCCACCCUCCCAAUUCUCUUUCGUCAUCCACUACCCAGCACUUGCAGGUAGUUACAAUUGGAACCUGAAUCUGGCUUAUGACAAUCUCGCACAUGGAGGAACUCUUUAUGUGUUCUGUUUUAGCUUUGUUCCUCCAGAUUUUAGAAGUUUUUGUCCAGUGGAACUUAGAUCAAGUGAUGGAUGACAUAUCAUUUUCUUUGUAUUAACAGAUCAAACAUGUUACCUUUUUCUUUUCUCUGAAUUCAGUUAAAACAUAGGCUCAAAACGAAGGUACAUGUUGGCGUGUUGCAUAUGAAUUCAUCACUGAAUACCCAGAAUGGAGGAAUGCGUCUUAUCUUAA